AUGUCGCCGCCACCGCCGCAGCAGCUGCUGCUGCAUAUCAGUUUGCUCCCGGCAGAGAUCCUCCAUCACAUCUUUUCGGGCCUCGAGCCCCGCGACCUCGGACGUCUGCCCCGCACAUGCCGAUUCUUGCACUCCUACGUGAAGGGGAACCAGAAACUUUGCAAGGACGUCUAUCUGAAUGCUCUUGAUACACCUAAGCAGAAUGGAUUGGAUUGGGAGAGGGAACUGCACGAUUUCGUGAGACUCGGUCGCGUUUGCGCCAGUGACAGUGUCAACGAAAAGGGUAGAACACUUGAAAGUACGAGCUCCCAAUUCUCAUCCGCACCCCCUGCCCAGUCCCGCGACGAUCUCCCAUUCGUAUCCGAUGUUGUCAACAGGCUGCUACAACAUGCCUCCCCAACAGGCGAGACGCAAAACGACACAGGCACCCACGCCGUCUCCCGCAACGCCGCCGCCCUAGCCAACAUCUUCCGCGACGAACCCGCGCGGGUGGCCUUCCUCUGCCGCUCCUCCAUCUUUGACCGCGCGCGCGGCGAUAUAGCACGCUCGACGAGCACGAGCACUCGCCGUCCGCAGUCGUCAUCAUCUUCGGCAUCCUCCUUUUCCUCCUCCUCUGCCUCCGCCCCCGCCUCCGCCUCCCGCACGAACCCAAACGCCGCCGACGACCUCCACCAGCAGAGCGCAAAGCUCCACUGCCUCUACGGCCGCCCCAUCUUCAACUUUGGCCGCACGCGGUCGUCGCGGGUCUAUCCCUACGCCGCGUGCAGAGUCUACGACAUGCGGCAGUACACGACGCGGACGAAAUGGGGUCCCUUUCGGGACGACGAUUCCGGCAGGGUAGACUGGGAAAAGAUGGAGGCCAUCAUGAUCGUGCUGGGCAGCAACAUCAAGUCGCAGCGCCUUACGGCCAAAGUGUUUUCCAACCUGUGGGAGAAGCCGUUUGCGGGGUCGUGGUCGGGGAGUUAUGUCCCCUCGCCGGGCAGGGGCAUUCGGGAUUCGGAUUUGGAGGAUCCGUAUGGCGUUGCGGGGACGUGGUUAAGGGUUGUCUGUUUCAUUGAUUAUAAUGACUUUUUUCAUUAUAAUUUCCCUGUUGGGGAGGCGGUGCCGCCUGUUGAGGUGCAGCGGCCGCCGCUUGAUGUCGGGGAGGCGACGAGGAUUAUCUUGAUGAAGAUGCAUGUUGUUGAUGUGCAGCCGCCGGGGGAGGAGGACGGGAAGGAGUUGCCUGUUGUGCAUUUUCAUGGGUUGUCAAGGUCUGUUGAUGAUUCGUGGGAUGAUAAUGCGCAUUCUCAACUUCGUGCUAUCAAAGGCACGGUCCGGAUGACUAAGGAGGGCGAGGUGAGGUGGACGACGUUCUCCGUCUUCAACGGCCACGCGCGGUGGCGGAGCGAGGGGAUCCAGAUUGGUGGUGUCGGGUCGGCUCGCGGUGUCAUGGGACACUGGUUCGAUACUAUCUAUGCAUGGAGGAAGACAACGCGGAGCGAGAGGAGGGUCUAUGCUAAUCUGAGAGACCUCUACAGAGACUUCGACCCCCACGGCCCCUGCGGACCCAGCGCCUACUUCAAGGUCUCCGACCGGGCUCCGGGCCCCAAGGACGGCGACGACAAGAAGAUUGACAUUCACGAUUUCCUGCCCAUCAUGGACUUUGACGCGGAGCUGGCCAGCAACGAGGAUGAUGAUGAGGACUUUGUGGUUGGAGAGUGGGGGGAGGACGAUGAUGAUGAUGGGGACAUUGAUGACGAGGAGCUGGUGGAGGAUAUAGCAGCGUUGGCGGCGCCAGAUCUCGAGAUUAUGGAUCUCGUGUUAAAUGGGCAUCAUCUUAUAGAGCAGUGA